UCAAAGUGUCGGCACACUUUUUUAAUUUUGACAUUUCACCAAAAAUAAAUAAAAACGCAAAACAAAUAAGCCUAAAUAUUUCUCGUACUGCAUUGACUAUUCCUUUAUAUAUACAUCAGCUUCUAAACCUGAUAGUUCAUAAUUUGAAUCUGAUAUAUUUCCUGCUGAUACAUGGCUCCUAAAGGAACUUUUGAAAAUAAUUUCGAGGAUUACUCUGAAGCAACUGCACUUACAGUGUUAAACGAAACUCAAGAUGCAAUUUCGUCCAGGUUCCAUACAAAACUGCAAAAAUAUACUGAUGCAAAACUUCACUUUUUAACUACAGAGUUGGCAAGCGAUAUCUUUUAUGAUAACACAGUGUACACUGGCUCUGCAGGAUUGGCACUUUAUUAUUUCAUGUCUGCUCUAAAAAAAAAAGAAACUUAUACUGAAAAUCUCAGGAAUGCUCUACUUUAUUUAAAUAUUAAUAAUCUCAAAGGCCGCAGAAUAUCAUUCCUGUGUGGUGAUGCAGGACCACUAGCUUUAGCCACUGUAAUAUCAUACAAAUUGGGUAAAGAUGCCACUGAUUUACCGGACUAUAAAACUUUAGCACAAAGACUUACAUCUUUAAUGUCUCUGCUGAAUGCUUCUCCUGAUGAGCUUCUCUAUGGCAAGAGUGGUUAUUUGUAUGCAUUGUUGUUUGUCAAUAAAUAUAUAGAUGAAAGAUCUAUAAUUCCACCACAUCUUAUGGAGAAGGUGAUUUUUUCCAUACUAAAAUCUGGAAAAGAGUAUUCGGAGCAAGUAAAAUCCAGCAGUCCCCUUCUCUGGCACUGGCAUGACAAGGUGUAUUUAGGAGGUGCUCAUGGGGUAGCUGGCAUUCUUUACAUUCUAUUACAGGCCCAAGCACACAUAUCUGCUAACGACAUGCAAAAUUUUAUCAAACCCACCCUGGAUUGGCUGUUAAAUCAAAAAUUUCCAAGCGGAAAUUUCCCGUCUUCCUUGAAGAGUGCUUCGGGAGACCGCCUCGUACAAUGGUGUCAUGGUGCUCCUGGUUUUGUGCCUCUGCUGAUAUUAGCCUACCAGAUAUUUGGUGACGACAAAUAUAUAAAAACUGCACUACAGUGCGGAAAUGCGGUUUGGGAUCGAGGGCUAACCACGAAAGGCUACAGUAUUUGCCAUGGAGUUAGUGGGAAUGCCUACACUUUCAUUCAACUGUAUCAAGUAACUAAGCAACCUAUCCACCUAUACCGCGCGUGCUGCUUCACGGAAUGGUGCUGCCUGGAGCGCAGCGGCACGGAGCUGCAGCCGCCCGAGCGGCCCGCCUCGCUGUUCGAGGGGCUGGUGGGCCGCCUGCUCCUGGCCCGGGACAUGCAGGCCGUGCAGCUCGCGCACUUCCCCGCCUACACUGUCUAGUCACAUCUUAUUCGAUUACAUUCUUAUCUGCAAAUAA